GCUCCCACACCACCCCAGAACCUGGCUCAGCAGAGGCUUCUGAUCAAGGGGGGGAAAGUUGUGAACGAUGAUCUCUCUGUGGAGGCUGAUGUGUAUGUGGAAGAUGGAGUCGUGCAGCAAGUGGGACCAAACCUAAACCCUGAGCCACUGACUGGACUCGUUGUGCUGGAUGCAACCAAUAGGCUGGUGAUCCCUGGGGGCAUCGAUACCCAUACACACAUGCAGUUCCCUUUUAUGGGUAGCAGGUCAAAAGAUGACUUCUACUCAGGAACCAAGGCUGCUGUAGCGGGAGGAACUACUAUGAUCAUUGACUUUGCCAUCCCUCAGAAAGGCUGUUCUCUGAUUGAAGCCUUUGACACAUGGAAAAGCUGGGCAGACCCUAAAGUCUGCUGUGACUAUUCCCUGCAUGUGGCAGUUACGUGGUGGAGCAAUAAGGUGAAGGAAGAAAUGAAAAGUCUUGUUCAAAACAAAGGCGUCAACUCCUUCAAGAUGUUUAUGGCCUAUAAAGAUGUAUAUAUGCUCAAUGAUGAGGAGUUAUAUGAAGCCUUUUGCUGCUGUAAGGAACUUGGAGCUGUUGCUCAAGUCCAUGCAGAGAAUGGGGAGCUAAUUGCACAGGGUGCAAAGAAGAUGCUGGCAAUGGGAAUAACUGGCCCUGAGGGGCAUGCACUGUCUCGUCCUGAAGAAGUGGAAGCUGAAGCUACACAAAGAGCAAUUUCCAUAGCAAAUGCUGUAAGCUGCCCCCUUUUUGUAGUCCACGUAAUGAGUAAAUCUGCAGGAAGGUUGAUAAGUACUGCACGAAGAGAAGGAAAGGUGGUUUAUGGGGAGCCUAUUGCUGCUAGUCUUGGCACCGAUGGCACCAACUACUGGAAUGAAGACUGGGCUCAUGCUGCAGCAUAUGUCAUGGGACCUCCACUGAGACCAGAUCCAUCUACUCCUGAUUUCCUCAUGAACUUACUGGCCAAUGAUGACCUAUCUGUGACAGGGACUGACAAUUGCACCUUUGACACAUGCCAGAAAGCUCAGGGGAAGGAUGACUUCACAAAAAUCCCUAAUGGAGUGAAUGGUGUGGAAGAUAGGAUGUCAGUCAUAUGGGAAAAAGGCGUUCACAGUGGAAAAAUGGAUGAAAACAGAUUUGUAGCUGUUACCAGCACAAAUGCAGCAAAAAUCUUUAACCUUUACCCAAAGAAGGGGAGAAUUGCUGUGGGUUCUGAUGCUGACAUCGUUAUUUGGGAUCCCAAAGCUUCGAGGAAAAUAUCUGCAAAGACACAUCACCAGGCCAACAACUUCAAUAUAUUUGAAGGAAUGGUCUGCCAUGGAGUCCCAGUUGCGACAGUUUCAAGAGGCAAAGUAGUUUAUGAAGGUGGAGCUUUCAAUGUCACAGCAGGAGAAGGAAAAUAUGUUUCCCGUCCACCAUUCCCUCCAUAUGUCUACGAACGAAUCAGGCAGCGGGAACAGGUCUGUCAGCCUGUUCCUGUUAAGAGAGCACCUUACACAGGCAUAGUCUCAGAAACAUGGGUCACACAAAAACAAUAG